AUGGAUUUGGAAACAGCACGUGCCAAUUAUCCAAACAGACUAGAGAGGUUAGAAGAAGAACGUCUUAUGGACAUGCCUUUCGAUGUUAGUGAACCUCAAGUUGAAGGACACGACGGCUUUGCCAGAUUCUACUGGAAACAUGACGAACAAUUGCAUCCUUUGAGAAGGAAAAAAGGAAAAGGUGAAGACGCACAUGCUCCCAUGGAAAGAACAAGAUAUGCAUAUGAAAAGUAUCGUGAAGUUAGAAGUCAAAUUACAUCUGGUCGAACCUUUACAGUAAACUUUGACGAAGGAAAGAACAAAGAAGGCUUCAUGGGAGUACUUGCUGCAAUUCAAGACGGAAAUAAGAAAGGACACAAUCUCAGAUUGACCAUAACAGAUUUGGAUGGUCACAUUUACUAUGCACAUGGCAAUGAACAAACAGCCGCAAAACUUCUUGACGCUUUCAAGACUACAAAGAGAGAACAAAUGGUUGACUCCGACUCAGACAUUUUGAAUGCAAUUGAAGGAAUUGCAAGUGUCAAGUUCGAAUGGUACCAACCUAACCCUCAAGCAGUCAGACAACAUGCUGGAUACUUCCCCUUCAUAAAUAAGUCUGACAUUGACUUGACAAGGUAUGGAAUUUACAAUUCAAUUGAAACAAUUGUCAAUGAACCUUGCAUUCUUACAUGUCUCAGGAACUCUGGUCUUGUUACAGAUGAGAAGAUGAAGUAUCUUGAGUCAUGUGUGAAGACAAGGUACAUUCUCAGAGGUCAAUUGGCAAAAAUUGCACCGUUGGCAAAUGUCAAUAUCCGAGUCAACAUACCUACAGCUAAAGGUUCUUCACAUGACGACUAUGUUGUUGACAAAGACUUACCAUGGUUGAAGAUUGUAAUUGUCCACAACCACUUCAUGUUGAACGAAAGUCUUACAAACCCAUUCUUUG